UACAAGAUAACAAGCCCAGCCAUAAUGGUAUUUGCGAUUGGCUUUCUGCUUUGAUCGAAAUCGAAACGUCUUAGCGGGGUUCAUAUCAAAAUCAAAUUCGUCACCAAAAGAAAAUCUUCGUUACCGAGAUCGCAUACAAAUGGGGCUGCUCUCUAACAGGGUUGCUAGGGAGAGCUUGAAACCAGGGGAUCACAUCUACUCUUGGAGGACUGCUUAUGUCUAUGCCCAUCACGGCAUCUAUAUUGGUGAUGACAGAGUCAUUCAUUUUACCAGACGUGGCCAAGAAGUAGGAACAGGGACAGUGCUGGAUCUUCUCCUAGUUAGCUCGGGACCAGCACAAUCACCAGAGCCUUGCCCCACAUGCACUCCACCAGAAGAAGGCAGUGGGGUUGUCUCCUCAUGCCUGAACUGUUUUCUGGCUGGUGGAGUUUUGUACCGUUUCGGGUAUGCUGUCUCCCCUGCUCUAUUUCUUGCAAAAGCUCGUGGCGGAACCUGCACUCUUGCAAGCUCAGAGCCAGAAGAUAUCGUGGUCCAUCGUGCAAAAUACCUAUAUGAGAAUGGAUUUGGGUGCUAUAAUGUAUUCAAGAACAACUGCAAGGACUUUGCUAUUUACUGCAAAACUGGACUGCUUGUUCUGGAUCAAGGAACAAUUGGUCAUAGUGGCCAAACAGUAUCUAUAAUAGGAGGGCCUCUUGCAGCUGUAUUAUCAACGCCAUUGCGUCUUGUUACCACCAAUGUUUAUGGGAUGGCGGCCACAGCUGUAGGAGUCUAUUGUGCUAGUAGAUAUGCAGCUGAUGUGGGUAUGAGAAGGGAUGUAACGAAGAUUUCUGUGGAGGAUCUGACUAGUAGACUGGCGGUCGGUUUGCUCCAGGUCAUUGAACCCCAGGUCGCACCAAAUCUUAGCCAUUAGUCUGCCUAUAGCCGGUUGUCGUAAAUUUUUAUUACCAUAAUUAUUAUCAUUAUUAAUUUCUUUUAUAAGAAUGAUGUGGAAAAUUACUGUCUAGAUUGCCAAUUAACUGUCCUUGAAUGUUCUGCUGUAACCUCAAAAUAGGGGAUUACAUCGGGGCGCUGCUUGUUGUAUGGUGCUUGAAAUUUGUUUGAAAACAUUGGUAUGAACAGCAUGCGUUUGCAUCUUAAA